UUGCCGCAUCGACCAGCCCCUGUGUCACAAUGAGGACGAGCAGCUUAGCUUCGAAGCUGUGCGCAACAUCCACAAGCAGAUGGACGACGAUGCGAACGGCAAUGUGGACGUGGAGGAGAGCGAUGAGUUCCUGCGGGAAGACCUGAAUUACCACGACCCGACCAUCAAGCACAGCACCUUCCACGGGGAGGACAAGCUCAUUAGCGUGGAAGAUCUUUGGAAAACCUGGAAGGUGUCGGAAGUCUACAACUGGACGGUGGAGGAAGUGGUGCAGUGGCUGAUCACCUACGUGGAGCUCCCCCAGUACGAAGAGACCUUCCGGAAGCUUCAGCUCACGGGCCACGCCAUGCCCAGGUUGGCCGUCAGCAAUGCCACCCUGUCAGGGAUGGUUCUGAAGAUGACCGACAGGAGCCACCGGCAGAAGCUGCAGCUGAAAGCCUUGGACACCGUCCUCUUCGGCCCGCCUCUCCUGACCCGUCAUAACCACUUGAAAGACUUCAUGCUGGUGGUGUCCAUCGUGAUUGGCGUGGGAGGCUGCUGGUUUGCUUACAUCCAGAACCGCUACUCCAAAGAGCACAUGAAGAAGAUGAUGAAGGACCUCGAAGGCCUUCACAGGGCUGAGCAGAGUCUCCACGACCUCCAGGAAAGGCUGCAGAAGGCCCAGGAGGAGCAUCGCUCGGUGGAGGUGGAGAAGGUCACCCUGGAGAAGAGGCUGCAGGACGAGAUCAGCAUCGCCAAGCAAGAGGCCCACCGGCUCCGGGAGCUGCGCGAAGGCACCGAGAACGAGCUCAGCAGGCAGAAGUAUGCCGAGCAGGAGCUGGAGCAGGUGCGCAUGGCCCUCCGGAAUGCGGAGAAGGAGCUGGAGUCCCACAGCAGCUGGUCGGCCCCCAAUGCCCUCCAGAAGUGGCUGCAGCUGACGCACGAGGUGGAGGUCCAGUACUACAACAUCAAGAAACAGAACGCGGAGAAGCAGCUGCUCCUGGCCAAAGAGGGGGCCGAAAAAAUCAAGAAGAAACGCAACACCCUGUUUGGCACCUUCCACGUGGCCCACAGCUCCUCCCUGGACGACGUGGACCAUAAGAUUUUGACCGCCAAGCAGGCGCUGAGCGAGGUGACGGCCGCCCUGCGAGAACGGCUCCACCGCUGGCAGCAGAUCGAGCUGCUGUGCGGCUUCCAGAUUGUCAACAACCCCGGGAUCCCCACGCUGGUGACGGCCCUCAACAUCGACCCCAGCUGGGUGGGGGGGCCCCCGCGCCCCAACCCCUCCCACUUCAUCAUGACCGACGACGUGGACGACCUGGACGAAGAGAUGGUCUCCCCCAUGUCCAUGCAGUACGUGGCCUUGCUUUUGGGGCGCCAGGGCAGUGACCGCCCCGCCCCCUGCUCGGAGGACCAGGCCUUCUGGAAGCACCCCGCUCCCACCUUGCCAAGCAGCGUCAUUCGCCAGCGCCUGGUGGAUCCCCAGCAUUCCUUGGGAUCGCAGAGGGACCUGGCUCGCUCGGACUCGGAUUCCUCCAUCCCACACCUGAGCGACCUCCCGCGGGCAGCCGUUUCCAUGCCCAAGCUGCGCCCCGCCCUGCUGAACAAACCGGCUGAGGAACAGCAGCAGCAGCAUCAAACGGAGCCUGUCGAGUCGGAGGCCCCGCUGACAAUGAAGAAGGUGCCCCCGCACAACCACCACGGGGGGCUGGAGAAGGCGGGCAGCCUGGGGGAGCUGGGGCCGGUGGGGGCCCGUUCAGGGGACUCCUCUCGGUCACACAGCCCCAGCUCCACUGAGCCAGACACCCCCUCGCCGCCUGCCAAUGGCCGCACCGCGCUCUCCCUCCUGUCGGGCAAGGCGAACAGCCGCAUCCCACACCUGGCAGCCAAGAAGACGGGCGCGGCGGGCGAGGAGGACAGUGGCUCCACCGGCGAGGAGACUGACUCAGGCGCCGGGAAGAAGAAGUUCCCGCUUAAGAUCUUUAAGAAGCCCCGGAAGUAGCCGGAGGACACGGAAGGUCUGGGCAAGCGCCCUUGGCUGCCCUCCACCGGAACGCCUGGUGCUGACAGAGACGCUCUUUGCUGGGGGGCCUCCUGGGGCCAGAGUGCCCUGCUUGGCUGCGCAUGGCUUGCACCCGCUGCCCCCCUCCUGCCCACUGCUCCCCUCCGUGUGGCUGGAGUAGGGGAACCCCAACAGGCGCCCCUGGACCACAGCCUUCCCUCGGGAGCGGAACCAACGCUUGGCGGCUCUCGUGGCCGCUUGGUGCAGCCAAGGAGAGGAUGGCAACGCCUCGGGCUCCUGGCUGCCUCCUGGACUGUCCAGAGCGGCCCUGGGGAGCCCGUCUCGCUGGGUCUCAGGGCAAGGAGGAAGGCGGCCGUCUGGCCAGCAAGGCUGCAGGGGGGCUGCCCAGGCAGCAAAGGGGGCAGCUCCUUGGGCCAGCCAGCUGCUUUUCGUAAAACUGUUUUGAAUCUAAUAAAGCAUGUAGACUAUUUUAAUAAA